CUGAAUAGGGAGGGGGCAACUUUCACAGCCACAACACCCUGUAGCUUCCGCAGGAUGUCAACACGCGUUAAAUCUUUCUUCUAUCUGUUUGAGUCAAAGCUGUCUGAUAGCGGGGUGCGGAUUCUCGCCGAUUUUAGUCUCCUUUUCCUCACUGUGGUUUGUCUGCUCGCCGCCAUUUUUAGGGAACUGCCUAAUCCAAGAAGAGAAACUUUGCUGGUAGCUACGAGCGAGCUAGUUAGCUAGUAGCUUGCUCUGGCAGCCAGUUAAGGCUUGACAGUCAACUCAUCUUGUCUGGCGCGGGAUAUAAAUAAUUUCUGCGGGAUAUACAUGACAGAAGCUACAGGAGCAAGAUAUAUGUGAAGCGUUCGUGGUGAAGACAGCGUGACUGCUGCCAGCUUUGAACAAUCGUACUGCUGUUGUGACAUUAGCGAGCUAGCUAAGUUAGCCUCACUGAUUUCCCUGCACUGACUCGACUGUGAUUUUAGCCACUUUACUCUGCCGUGUACACGACGAAUGGCUUAACUCUCCUUCCGUUCUUCACUCCUCGACCCGCUUGGACUCAUUUUAUACCGAGGUGUCCAUGUGCUGCAUCUUUAUGCUCACCUAUUACUGCAGAUGAAUCUUCAGCUCCUUCGGCGUCGCUCAUCGCCCAGAUAGUCCCAUCACCCUUUGUGUGGGUGAUAAGGGGCUGCAUUGACGAAGAUGCCCUCGUCUGUAAGGGCAGGGAGUCUGAAGGAUCCAGAAGUAGCUGAUCUCUUCUUCAAAGAGGAUCCAGAGAAGCUUUUCUCUGACCUCAGAGAGAUUGGACAUGGCAGCUUUGGCGCAGUCUACUUUGCACGGGAUGUGCGCACCAAUGAGGUGGUGGCCAUUAAGAAAAUGUCUUACAGUGGAAAACAGUCAAAUGAGAAAUGGCAGGACAUUAUUAAGGAGGUGAAGUUUCUCCAGAAGAUCCGGCACCCCAACAGUAUAGAAUACAAGGGUUGCUACCUCCGUGAGCACACAGCAUGGCUGGUGAUGGAAUACUGUCUCGGUUCUGCGUCUGAUUUACUAGAAGUUCAUAAAAAACCACUGCAAGAAAUAGAAAUUGCUGCCAUUACACACGGUGCUUUGCAGGGGCUGGCAUACCUUCAUUCACACAAUAUGAUUCACAGGGAUGUCAAGGCAGGGAACAUCCUGCUAACUGAGCCUGGGCAGGUCAAACUGGCAGACUUUGGAUCUGCUUCCAUUGCCUCACCAGCCAAUUCAUUUGUAGGAACACCAUAUUGGAUGGCGCCGGAGGUGAUUCUAGCCAUGGAUGAGGGCCAGUAUGAUGGGAAAGUGGAUGUCUGGUCUUUAGGGAUUACCUGUAUAGAAUUAGCGGAGAGGAAGCCCCCAUUGUUUAACAUGAAUGCAAUGAGUGCCUUAUACCACAUAGCGCAGAAUGAGAGCCCUGCACUGCAAUCCAGUGAAUGGACGGAUUACUUUCGAAACUUUGUAGAUUCUUGCCUUCAGAAAAUCCCCCAGGACAGACCACAUUCUGAUGACAUGCUGGGUCAUGCAUUUCUGCAACGUGAGCGUCCAGACACUGUGCUGAUGGACCUUAUUCAAAGAACCAAGGAUGCAGUGCGAGAGCUGGACAACUUGCAGUACCGCAAAAUGAAGAAGAUCCUCCUUCAAGAGGCCCACAAUGGACCCACAGCAGAAGCCCAGGAUGUAGAUGAGGAGCUUGAGCCUGGUGGAGGUCGCAUGGGAACAGUGAACAGUGUUGGUAGCAAUCAGUCAAUCCCAAGCAUGUCCAUCAGCGCCAGCUCUCAGAGCAGCUCUGUCAAUAGUCUGAACGAAGCGGCCCAGGACAGUCGCAGUGAGCUGGACCUGAUGGAGGGAGACCACACAGUCAUGUCCAACAGCUCGGUCAUACACCUCAAGCCGGAGGAAGAGGAAAGCUACUGUGAGGACCAGGCAGCCAGCAGUCAACCCUCUGAACCUCAGCCACCGCCAGCUCAGGCCCCUAGGAAGCACUACCGCAACAGAGAGCACUUUGCCACAAUACGCACAGCAUCACUUGUGACCCGUGAAAUGCAGGAGCACGAGCAGGACUCUGAGCUACGGGAACAGAUGUCAGGAUACAAACGCAUGAGACGGCAACAUCAGAAGCACCUUUUGGCUCUGGAGAACAAGUUGAAGGGGGAGAUGGAUGAACACAGGCUCAGGCUAGACAAAGAGCUGGAGAGUCAGAGGAGCAACUUCACACAGGAAAUGGAAAAACUGCUCAAAAAGCACCAAGCAGCUCUGGAAAAAGACCUAAAGACAUUUGCCAAUGAUGAAAAGAAGUUCCAGCAGCACAUCCAGGUGCAACAGAAAAAGGAGCUCAGCAGUUUCUUGGAAUCACAGAAACGGGAAUAUAAGCUACGCAAAGAGCAGCUAAAAGAGGAACUGAGUGAGAACCAGUCCACGCCAAAGAAGGAGAAGCAGGAGUGGCUGUCUAAGCAGAAGGAGAACAUUCAGCACUUCCAGGCGGAGGAGGAGGCCAAUCUUCUGCGACGACAGCGACAGUACCUGGAGCUUGAGUGCCGGCGUUUCAAACGCAGGCUCCUUAUUGCCAGGCACAACGUGGAGCAGGAUCUGGCCAGAGAGGAGCUGAACAAGCGGCAGACACAGAAGGACCUGGAACAUGCCAUGCUGCUCAGGCAUCAUGAAUCAAUGCAAGAGCUUGAGUUCCGGCACCUGGGGAUGAUUCAAAAGGCAAGGGCUGAGCUGAUCCGGACCCAGCACCAGACGGAGCUCACAAACCAGUUGGAAUAUAAUAAGAGGAGGGAGAGGGAGUUGAGACGCAAGCAUGUCAUGGAAGUCCGACAGCAACCCAAGAGCCUCAAGUCUAAGGAGCUUCAAAUCAAGAAGCAGUUCCAGGAAACAUGUAAAACCCAGACAAGGCAAUACAAGGCCCUCAGGAACCAUCUGCUGGAAACCACACCCAAGUCUGAUCACAAGGCCGUCCUCAAAAGACUGAAGGAGGAGCAGACCAGGAAGUUGGCCAUUCUGGCUGAGCAGUAUGACCACUCCAUCAACGAAAUGCUCUCCACGCAGGCUUUGCGAUUAGACGAGGCUCAGGAGGGGGACAGUCAGGUUUUGAAGAUGCAGCUGCAGCAGGAGCUGGAGUUACUCAACGCCUACCAGAGUAAGAUCAAAAUGCAAACGGACGCCCAGCAUGACAAAGAAAAGAGGGAACUGGAGCAAAGGGUGUCUCUGCGACGGGCUCUACUCGAGCAGAAAAUUGAGGAGGAGAUGCUCGCCUUGCAGAACGAGCGCCUGGAACGAAUCCGCUCACUGUUGGAACGCCAGGCCAGAGAAAUCGAAGCUUUCGACUCGGAGUCCAUGCGGCUUGGCUUCAGCAACAUGGUGCUCACUAACCUGGCGUCCGAUUCCCAGGGAGGCUGGGGGGGGGGAGGUGGUGGAGCUCAGGGAGGAAGCCAUUGGCCCAGGGGCGGCGGAGGAGGCGGCCACCACAGCCAUCACCACCAGGGGGGCUCCAGCUCUCAGCAGCCCUGGGGACACCCCAUGCUGGCUGGGGGCCCUCCCCCCUGGAGCCUCCACCACCCUGGGGGAGGCAGUCAACGGGGAAGUGGAGGAGGUGCAGGCGGGGUGAGGAACAGCCCACAGGCUGUGAGGAGGACGUCAUCAGGGGGGAGGAGUGAUCAGGGCAUGAGCCGGAGUGCCAGCAUCACGUCUCAGAUUUCCAACAGCUCCCACCUGUCAUACACCUAAAUCACACUCAACACAAUAUUAGUCUUAAAACUCAGUUCAGAUGCACAGAAAGAAAAGUGCACGCACACACUGUACAUGCAUUUUGUUUUUAACAGAACCAUUGAAACACACUGAUCAGUACUGAGACUCGGUUUCCUUUCACCCAGUUUUGUCCCAUUAUACGGGUCUGUGGAACUCAAGCAGCUUUGAGACCAAUCCAUGACAGCUGAGGGCUGCAUACAAUAUGCCAAUAGUGCAUUUGUGUCAUUUUUAAAGUAACCUACAGUGCUGCUGUACCUUUUUAUUUGCCAUGUUAGUCUCUGUUGCCAUAGACAUUCUGAAUAUAUGUUGUGAAUUUAAUAAGGACUUUAACUGCAGUACUGGUCUUCAGUGUCAGUUUCACAUUUUUACAAGAUUAGCCGUAUUAAAACAUUGUUUGGAAUCAAGCUUCGGUGAGAGAAAUCCCCUUUUCCAUAAAUUGCUUUCAACAUGUAUAUUGCUGAUGAUAUUUUCAAAGUUUUAUAGUGACUGUUUACCAAUGUCACACGGUAGUAAACAAACAAGCUGCAAUUCUUGACCGAAAUUUUGGAAUCACCACAAUUACAGCAAAUAAGUCGGAUGCAACAGAAAACAAGAUUUGUUCAGUAGCUGAACACUUAAAUGGAUUUUUAAA